AUUGCAACCUCUCCUGCUCAUGUAGUAGUUGAAGGGAGUAAGCGAUGGCUGCAAUACAAUCAUUGUUCGUAGUGAUGAUUCUAUCAAUUCCACUUAGUCUCUCUUUUGGAUGGCAAACGGUUCAAACUACGAGAGCAUCAGCAUCCAGUUGUUACGAACUCACAAAUGGACAGGAAUACUUGCAACCGAGUACUGCGGUCGAUCCACAUCAGGAGCAUUUUGCAUUUGCUGUCGUUUCUCAAACCCGAGUAAAUUCCAUCUAGAAGCUUAUAACGGCCCAUCCUUCGUGUUUCUACCUGUGCAACGUCCAGACGGGGCAAUACCUCAUGGUGGCAGCUAAUGAUCGUGUCUACGCCAUCAAUAGAACUUUGCCGACUUCGAUCAACGGGAAAUCCUUCAUAUUUGGACUUUAUUAUCCCCACUGGCCUGCAUCUUCCGACGCCCACAUUAGAAACACCCUGAAGCAACAGCUGCUGUGUGUAUCCUCUGAAAUAGAUCCGAUAACCCAAAAGCAAUUAAUCGAUACCUUACCACACUCACGUGUAUCAGGAACAACCGAUGAAACCACUUGCUACUGGAAGUUAAUUCCACAGCCGGCCUGUCCCAGUGAUAAACUCUGCUAGCCGGGCGACCUUGGAAGCGGUUUCACUGAAUGAUCAACGCAUCGAUACCGUCAACUUUAGUGUGCAAGGCCAUGUGCAUAUCACCGGAACCAUUUCUCCCGCAUCAUGCAUCAGCUCAUUCAGUGUGGUCUUAUCUUUCUUUCCAUAUCUUUCGCUGUCUCUUUUCGUCUGCCUCAGUUCGUCUUUUCUCUUCUCAUUCAUGACACCCCCCCGUGUGUUGAGGAGAUGUACUAGUGCCGGUCAUCUAUUUACCGACUGAUCAUCAACUCGAUCAUUCAUGGGUAUUUGCCGUUACAUCGUUGUUCUAGCUGAUAGAGAACCCACCAUUCCUCAACCGCAUCUGUGUGCGCUCGUUACGUUGUGUCGCAAUCGAAUGGAAUCUAUAUAAAAGUGUGCUCAGCUGGACAGUGGGCCAGUACUACUAAAACCGUGUGUCUUCACAGUUACCGAACGUGUCAUAUACACAUACUCACCAUCAACACUGCCAACAUGUUUGUCGCGGUUUUCGGCAUAUGUGCUUUAACCCUUACCUGGCAUGCCAACGCCAUGUACGUCGAGGAGCGACGCAGUUGCCGGACGGAUGGAUGCGUCACUCAGAAUGGCUGUGUACCUCGCUACUCCCAGUACAGCACUGCAAUCUACUGUCCACAGCGUUGUGUUAUUGAACGGUGUCGAUCGGUGGAGAACGAGCAACAGCGACGUGUCUGCCAUCAGAUCACUUCCGUCGCCACCGGACAAGUGCUGGCCGCACUGGAUUCCUACGACCGGCGGAGCAAUCAACGGUACGCAACACUGGUGAAUCCCAACUCGGGUGAACGCGACCGGUGGAACAUGAUCGUCGGUCCGGGGAAUAAUUAUUACAUCCAGAACAGUGACACCAGAGAGUAUCUGCGAGCAAGCGACAAUAACUACCUGUAUUUGGUAUCCGAACGGCCCACUGACGAGAGCUUCCUGUUCAAGCCGGAUCUUGUCCAGGGUAGCUGGUCCUGUGUGCUGCUUCAGUCGGUCUGCUACCGGGGCUACAUAUUCGCCGAACAGAAUAACGGAGGAUAUCGCAACUUUGCGAUGAUCACACGUGAUCUCCAACGGUGUUAUCGUGAAAGUCUAUGGAGCAUUUCCACUGUUAAUUGUUGAACGUUUAGUGACACAAGUGAGGGUUUCCGUUACUUUCCCACAGUUCGUAUUACUCGAACGAGACUGCCAUAUUUUUCAUACGUCUAAGCAAUGAAAAGGCGAUUAUGUUUCGGCAUUCAUGAAUGAUAUCCCAACCAUGGUAGAUUUUAGAACAAAAAAUUAUUCGGAAUAUAUUAAGAAAUUAAUCUUUUGAAGGUACAAAAUAAGGGUUUUUCUGACACAAUAAAUUAUUAAAUAUAACUGGUGAAA